AGUCAUAAGCCUCUGCUGGAUCACGUGGGGAAUGAAAACCAAUCUUUGAGAAGAUUUUUUUGGAAGAAAUCUUUGGUGGCCGGAUUUUUUCUUAUACGCCAAAUUAACUUUCUUUUCUUAUUGGAAGUGUAACAUUCCAGUACAGAUUAACGUUUUUAAAGAGGUUGUUUCUCUUUAUCCUUCCUUGCCCUUUUCCUAUCAAAUUGCAAUCUAAAACUUUUUAUUCUACCCAGACUUCCUCUUUCUACGUGCUGUAGGGUCGUAUCUAUGGUAUUAACCCUUAAUUAACCUUGAGGGAAAAAGUCUUGUCUCUUGCUGGGAAAUCUGAUGUGAUUGCUUGGUUUGGUUUUUCUCUUGCUUUUAGCAGCAUCUGGAUGUGGCAUCCUGUAGCCCAUUAUGAUCAACUUGAAUAGCCAGUUUACCCGGCUUAUCCUACAGAAAGAGGCUGAGAAGCUUUAAAAACUCAAUUUCUGUAAGGAAGAAACAGGAACGAAAGCCUGGAAUAAACUGGGACUGACAUCUCACUCUGCUGCCCAGAGGGAUCUGCAAUCAUAUGAAAGGAGGAAAGCAGUUGUUUGAGUAUACGUUGUCUUUCGCCUGUUCACUUAUACUCUGAGUGUUCUCCCCAGGAAGUCUGCAAAUGCUGCAGCUACAAGAGAAAGAGGAGGGGUAAAUGAGGCUCCAAUUGCAGGAAUAGGCCCUCCCUGCCAAGCCGUCACUGCCGGCAGCCGCCCUUCCUGAUUUUGCAAAAAAAUUAGCCCAUCCAAUCUUUUUCAGCAGCUGCCCUGCAGGCACAAAGAAAAAAGUCUGGGAUCUCCCAUUUUCUUUCUUUUGUCUCAUGGAAUAUGCCAGCUCACCAAUUUAGGAGCCCUACUGUUGCUUCACUGAAGACAUCUGUUGAGCUGAACUGGGCCAGACUAAUUAAAGCAGCUGCCAACAGCACUACUAUUGAUAUAAAGCCUUCGUCUCCAAUCCAUCCAAAGCAACGUCAGUGGCAAUAGCAUAUUUAGCCUCAAAUUUCUGCUGCCACCACCUGGAUUCAAGACCAUGUUUCCACAGCCCCUGCUACUUUAGUGACAAGAGCUAAAGAGAUGGGUGUGACUUCAGUGCGUCGGACGACCUUGUCUAUCAAGAAUCGUUCUCGUGGUACCAGUAACACUAUGCUACUGCCUUCCAUGUUGAUGUUUGGUGUAAUUGUGGCAUCUAGUGGCUUACUCCUCAUGAUUGAGAAGGGAAUUUUGGCUGAGAUGAAGCCUCCACCCCUCCACCCCUCUGCUAAAGAAAUGUUUUGGAGAACUGGCAGUAGGAAAACAGCAAGAGAUAUGGAUUAUCAAGUGCUCCAGGACAUCCGAAAUAGGACAAUCCAUACCAUUUGCAGACAAAAAAGCAUGCCCCGCACCAUUUGGGAUCUGUCAGCAGGCCAGAGGAGGACAGUGCUCAAACAUAUCCUGGUUAGUGACAAACAUCGUUUUUUAUACUGUUAUGUUCCCAAAGUGGCUUGCUCCAACUGGAAACGGAUUUUGAAAGUUUUAGAUGGUGCAUUGGAGAAUGUAGAUAUUAAACUUAAGAUGGAUCACAAAAAGGAUUUAGUUUUUUUAAAUGACAUGAAACCAGAUGAGAUUCGUUAUCGAUUAAACCACUAUUUCAAAUUUGUGUUUGUCAGAGACCCAAUGGAAAGACUUUUGUCUGCUUAUAGGAAUAAAUUUGGUGAGAUUAAAGAAUAUCAGUUAAAAUAUGGUUUAGAAAUAGUCAAAAGGUAUAGGAAAAACAUUGGAAAAAGCAUGGGUGAUGAUGUCACCUUUUCUGAAUUUCUCCGGUAUCUCAUAGAUGAAGAAACAGAAAAAAUGAAUGAACAUUGGAUGCCAAUUUACAACCUGUGUCAACCCUGUGCUAUAAAGUAUGAUUUCAUAGGAUCCUAUGGGAGACUUGAAGAAGACGCCAAUUUUGUUCUUGAAAGGGUACAAGCACCAUCCUUUAUACGUUUCCCAGAAAGGCAAGCAUGGUAUAAGCCUGUAAGUCCGGAAACUCUGCAUUAUUAUAUGUGUAAUACUCCAAGAGAACUUAUAAAACAGCUAUUACCAAAAUAUAUUCUGGAUUUCUCUUUAUUUGCAUAUUCCCUUCCAAAUGUUACUAGUCAGUUUUGCAGGCAAUGAAAGUUUCUUUUGUGAAGCAAGCUGUAUCCUAUGCAAUUUUUUCUAAUUUCAUGGUUUCCUUUUAAUACUUUUGAUAACAUUAUGAGUUUACUAUACAUGCUAUCUUUAAAAAAAAGCUUUAAAUUUUAUACUAUAUACAUAUAUAUAGAUAUAUAGAUAUACACCAUUGAACUAAGCACAGCAUUAUUAUUUGAACAGUGUUUUGUGUACAUUAGAAACAAGGCAUGUUUGUAAUUGCAAAUUAGCAACUGUAGGACAGUAAGUUUUAGGAAGAUUGCAAAACAGGAGGAGGAACAUAAAGCAAUAAAAACUAGGCUUGUACAGAGAAACCAGAAAAACAUGGUGGAUGUGCACCAUUUCACGUUUACUAAUACAAAUGUGAAGACAGCAGUUUCACACAAUAUUGCCUUAAAAUAUAGUGACAUAGGAUUUUUAAAAUAGCUACUAUAGCUAUUAAGGCAGAUAGCAGCCCUAAUAUUUUUGAAAGCAAGUCACAUCCUGUUUGUUAGACAUACUUCCAUAUAACAAGCAAAAGAUCCGGAUUUAAAUUAAAUACAAUUUACAUAAUGGCUUAAAAUAUUUAUCAAAGCUGGUAUGAACAAUGAAAUAUAAGAAAGGCCAUUAAUAAAGCUGCUUGAAAUGAUCAGCCAAAUUUGAUUGUCUAAAAUGCAACUCAACGUUUAGAAGGGAAAGGUAGGAAGGGUGAAGGUAUGAGUUUGUAUUUGCAAUUCAAACUGUGUAUCUAUAUGUACUUUAGGUUCCCAUGAUGGACAUUGUAUUUUUCUUACUAUGAUAGUUUUGUAGGCUACGAUGACUUUUUAUUUCUGUAUUGAAUGUAAACUUGGGUGUACUUUAUUUGUGAAAGAAAAUAUCUUUUGUAUAAUCUCUCAGGAUUUACUUCUUGUAAACUGUUACAAUUUUGUUAGCAGCCUGAUUAUUCAGAUCAUUUGUUAAAUUCUGACUAUCUACUCGAAUCCUUGUUUAUGACAUCAUUUCAUUUCCUGGAAAGAA